AUGAGCGGAGAAACGUUUGAAUUUAAUAUUAGGCAUUCUGGUAAAGUUUACCCAAUAACACUUUCCAUCGAUGCCACUGCAGCCGAUUUGAAAAGUAAAGUAGAGGAAUUGACUCAAGUCCCAAGUACCCGCCAAAAGUAUAUGGUUAAAGGCAGCUUGUCGGGCGAAGAGUCCAUUAAAAUAUACUCUUUGAUCAAGCCAGGAUCGACGGUAAUGCUAUUGGGGACUCCAGACGCUAACCUAAUUUCUAAACCAGCGAAGAAAAACAAUUUCAUUGAAGACCUUGCACCUGAGCAACAAGUCCAACAAUUUGCUCAAUUGCCUGUUGGUUUCAAGAAUAUGGGCAACACCUGUUAUCUGAAUGCUACCUUACAGGCUUUAUUCGGAGUGAACGAUUUAAGAGAUAUGAUUCUUAAUUAUAACCCUUCCCAAGGUGUCUCUAAUAGUGGUGCACAGGAUGAAGAAAUACAUAAACAAAUUGUCAUUGAAAUGAAACGUUGUUUUGAAAAUUUACAGAAUAAAAGUUUCAAGAGUGUUUUGCCUAUUGUGUUAUUAAACACCCUAAGAAAAUGCUAUCCACAAUUUGCUGAACGCGAUUCGCAAGGUGGGUUCUAUAAACAACAAGACGCUGAGGAACUGUUUACACAAUUAUUUCAUAGUAUGAGUGUUGUUUUUGGUGACAAAUUUUCCGAAGAUUUCAGGAUUCAAUUCAAAACUACCAUCAAAGACACAGCUAAUGAAAACGAUGUUACUGUCAAGGAAACUGAGAGCGACUCUAAAUUGCAAUGUCAUAUUUCCGGUACUACGAAUUUCAUGAGAAAUGGGCUGCUGGAAGGCUUGAAUGAGAAAAUCGAAAAAAGAUCAGACUUAACUGGCGCCAAUUCCAUCUAUAGUGUCGAAAAGAAAAUAUCAAGAUUACCAAAGUUUUUAACUGUUCAGUACGUUAGAUUUUUUUGGAAAAGGUCAACCAACAAGAAAUCUAAAAUAUUGCGUAAGGUCGUUUUCCCAUUUCAAUUAGAUGUUGCAGAUAUGCUUACCCCGGAAUACGCAGCAGAGAAGAUAAAAGUUCGUGAUGAACUGAGAAUAGUUGAAAAGGAGAAAAAUGAAAAAGAAAGAGAGAUCAAAAGGCGUAAAUUUGAUCCAUCAUCCAGCGAAAAUGUUAUGACACCGAGAGAACAAUACGAGACGCAAGUGGCUAUUAACGAAAGUGAAAAAGAUCAAUGGCUGGAAGAAUAUAAGAAACAUUUUCCUCCAAACUUGGAAAAGGGUGAAAACCCAUCUUGCGUUUAUAACUUAAUCGGUGUCAUUACACAUCAAGGUGCCAAUUCUGAGUCUGGACAUUAUCAAGCUUUUAUAAGGGACGAGCUGGACGAAAAUAAAUGGUAUAAAUUUAACGAUGAUAAAGUUAGCGUUGUUGAAAAGGAGAAAAUUGAAUCUUUAGCCGGUGGGGGUGAAAGUGAUAGUGCAUUGAUUUUAAUGUAUAAAGGAUUUGGUCUAUAA